GCUACGGCAAGCGAAGAGGGUCCGUUCUGUUUAAGGCUUUCCGGUUUCCCAGUGUCAACAUUUGGACUGAGACGGAGCGCUGCUGCGGAGCAACGACGAUGUCGGAGCAGGAGUCUCUGAGGUGCUCCAGUGCCAGAAACCGUGGAGGCGUCCAGAGGGUCGAAGGAAAACUGCGAGCCAGUGUAGAAAAGGGGGAUUACUAUGAAGCACAUCAAAUGUACAGGACUUUAUUUUUUAGGUACAUGUCACAGGCAAAACAUGCUGAGGCCAGGGAGCUGAUGUACAAUGGCGCUCUACUCUUCUUCAGCUAUAACCAGCAAAACAGUGCAGCAGACCUGUCCAUGCUGGUGCUAGAAGUGUUGGAAAAAUCUGAGACAAAAGUUGAAGAUGAAAUAUUAGAAAGCCUGGCUAAGCUGUUCAGCCUGAUGGACCAGAACUCCCCAGAGAGAGUAGCGUUUGUUUCCAGAGCCUUGAAAUGGUCCACAGGAGGGUCCGGCAAGUUGGGUCACCCAAAACUACACCAGCUGCUAGCUGUCACCUUGUGGAAAGAGCAAAACUACAGUGAGUCCCGUUACCACUUCCUGCACUCGUCUGAUGGGGAAGGCUGCGCACAGAUGCUGGUGGAGUAUUCAGCGUCACGAGGCUUCCGCAGUGAGGUCGACAUGUUUGUGGCGCAGGCCGUCCUACAGUUCCUCUGCUUAAAGAACAAAAAUAGCGCUUCUGUGGUGUUCAGCACAUACACAGAGAAACACCCGUCCAUAGAGAAGGGCCCUCCCUUCGUCCAGCCUCUACUAAACUUUAUCUGGUUUCUGCUGCUGGCAGUGGAUGGGGGUAAAUUAACAGUUUUCACAGUGUUAUGUGAACAAUAUCAACCUUCCCUGAAGAGGGACCCCAUGUAUAAUGAGUAUCUCGACAGAAUAGGACAGCUUUUCUUUGGCGUUCCACCCAAACAGUCCCCAUCAUAUGGCGGACUGCUAGGAAACCUGCUGAACAGCCUGAUGGGGGCUGGCGAGGAGGAUGACGGGGCUGAAGAAGCCCAGGAGGACAGCAGUCCCAUAGAGCUGGACUGAGCCUGCAGCCCAGGACAAGGAGAACAAAUGAACACACAAAAAAUAAAAAAAAGAGGAAGACCACCCCGCCUCCCUUCGUCACCUCGACAACAGGGAUGGGGCGAGGCUCUGGUCGAUGUUUUCAGAGGCGCGCUGUUUCCAGAAACCCCAUCCCACCUACCCAGUCCAAAAUCAGAAUAUGAAUCAGGCCACCAAAACACCCCCGUCAGCACUGCCUGGACUGACUGCGCCAAACUGCAAACUCUUCCUGUGUUGAAUUAUUAUUAUUAUUAUUAUUAUUAUUAUUAUUAAAACUAAACUAUUUUAUUUUAAUCAUUAUUUUGUUAGUUUGGGACUCUUGCUCUGUGGUUAGGGUUUAUAAUUUUUAAACAGCAGAUAACCCACUGUCCUCUCCAUGUGAAAACCUUGCUCCGAAAGAGAUGGGAGUCUCCCAGCGGAGAGGAUAGGAUGCCGAGUGAAACCCCCUUUGCGUAAUGUGCAUUACAUCAUUAUGAGGGUUUAGGCAACUCACUACAAAUAUCCAUCUGUUUUCUUUAUCAUACAGCCACACGGAGUUCGAUCAGAGCCGUGGCUGUUGCGGUUGUUGGCAUUUAUCAACAACUUGUUCCGUUAAGAGUCUCUUCUGUCAGUGGUAAAUUAAAUUGUUCUUGUAGCCAAGGUCACAUUUCAGUUUCUCAUCUCUAGUUUGUCCAUCGUCUGUAUGGGCAAAAAAAAAAAAAAGACAUCAGAGAUCUGUGUAACUUAUUAUCAGAGGUCAUCUUGCAACUUGAAUUUCAACCAAACAAAUCUUUUCUGCUCAGUGUCUCCUCUAUGGAUCAUAGUGGUGGCUGUCUUUUUUUUUUUUAUUAUUAUUAUUCAAGUGAAUUGCUACAAACAUCGAGCUGUCUGUACACAAAUAGCUCCAGUGUAGAGGUCUCACUUUUUAAACGUGCACUUGCUGAACUGCUGCUGAGCUUGUUUGCACCAUCUCUGAGAGAAAUUGUGCUGGAAGAUCCACUAUCGGCCUCGUUACAGAUGCCAGAGGUCCCUUAAAAACUCUGGCAGUGACAUGUUUGAAGCACUUAGGCUCUUUUUAAAGUGAUCUGGAGAUGAGAGGAGCAAAAAUGAGACACUGUGAAAACCCGUCUGUUGGAGUGAAUCUUGCUUUGCAUGUUAUAAAAUGCUGAUAUUUAAGCCUGCUGCUUAGCUGACUAUUUCUGGCUUUGUCUUUUGUCUCCGUUUCUCUUCUCCUUUUUGUUUCUGUUAAACAGUUCCUCUUGGAGUUGGAUCAGUCAGUAGUUCAGCCUGUGCACAAUACAUUAGCUGCUGCCCAUCAGUGUUAACUUCAUCGGCCCUCAGAGAACACACUCACUCUGCUUGCUCCCCCUGACAGCUCGUUUUUUCUUUGCUCACAUCAUUCAGCCUUCAGCUUCGUUUUGUCCUCGUAGUGACAUUCGAUCAGUCCAGGUCUUGUCAGUUUGCUGUUUUAGGAUUUAUUUUUAUUUUUUAAAACCCUAACUGUACUCCAGAUAAUCUAGAGGGGUCAAAUCCCCCCUGUGAAGUCAAAAUUUUUAUUAAAUACUAGGAAACUAGGAAUGUCCACAGGUCUUCCAAUGUAGAAUAGUGUUUAUUAACUUCUAUGUAAUUAUCUGUGUGGGACUAUGGGAGUCCAGAAGGGCCAACAUUAAAUGAUACAUAAAGUAAAAUAUAAAUAUGACUAAUUCAAUACAUGAUUUAAAACAAAUAUUUUGGAAGUGUUAUUUCAACAUUUUUAUUUUCAUGAAAAAUGUAUAAAAUAAAUGAUGAUAAAAUAAAGAUUGCUGAAAUACCAUUUCAUCAUAAUGUUUUAAUAAUGUAUUGAAUUAUUCCACAUUUUACUUCUAUGUCAGAAUGUAUUUAUUUAAUAUUGGCUGUGUAUGUGUUCCAUAGAGGACUGGCUGGCUCAAUGUCUUAGUGCUACAGAAGGACAGAUAGAAUAGUGUUGAGUUGUCGGUGUACAUGCUCUGCUGUGAUUGCAUCUAUCUAAUGUUGAAGAUACAACAAAGAGACCAGUGAUGUGGCAGUCAAAGAGUUGGUUAACAGCAGCGGUCAUCAGAGACUGAAAAAAAA